CUACCAAAAUAUUUAUGGCGCGCUGCGCGCGUUCUGCUAAUCUUCAACCGGUUAAGAACUUUAAGGACCGUUUGACACGUAGAGCUCAGCAUGUUUACCGAGAAAACUUCGUAGUGUCAUUUUUAAAGUUUCUGGAUUUCAGGAACCAGUUGAAGGGAAUGUGUAAAAUAUGGUCAUAUUCUAAAAAUCAAAAGAAAAAGCUCAUCGUGCGAUAAAUGUCGAGAAUUUAUUUGCAAAAAUGAUGCCCGCACGAAGACGUUAUGCAUAAGUUGUGUUAAAAAGU